AUGGAGAAGCCCCCGUCCACCAUGUGGCAGCAAUACAAGCUCAUAGAAAAGGAGCGGAGGCCAUCGCACGCUGGAGCCAUUGUCGGAGUGCCAGCUGAGCUCAACAUACCGGCCAUUGUGCAUCAUCACGGCAGCCGUUGUGCGUCAUUGGCAGUGGCCUCUCCCUCUCCGUCAUCGGCGGCGGCGGCGGUGGGGGAGGAGAGAGAGUUACGUGCUUUCUCUUCGUUCGUUUCAAGCCUUCCACCCGAAGCCUAUCCUCCCCCGCCAUCUCCACCUCCCACCGUCGCUGUCGCUCCGGAGGAGGAGACCAAGGCCGAGGAGCCAUUCGCCCCCGCUCUGGCCGAGAGGGAGUCGGAAGAGCCUCCAAAGGCAAUAGAAGCAGAGGAGGAGCCCCUGAAGCCAGCAGAAUCGAAGGAACCCCUAAAGACGACGAUGGUCGAGGAGAAGGCUUCUCCGCUGCCACCAAUGGAGGAGAAGGCCGUUAUGGUGGACAAGGAUGGGGCCAAGACAGUGGAGGUGAUCGAGGAGACUAUGGUCCCCAUCGCUCCGCCGGCCAUAGAGGAGGUGACUCCGACAGUGUCGGUUGUAGAGCCGGAAAAGGAGGCCUCUGGUGAAACACCGACGGUCAUAGUGGCACCAGAGAAGGUGUUCGCCUCCAAAGAUAGUAGAAGCAGAAAAGGAGCUCCUAAAGCCAGUAGAAUUGAAGAAACCCCCAAAGACGGCGAUGGUCGAGAAGAAGGCUUCUCUGCUGCCACCAAUAGAGGAGAAGGCCAUCGUGGUGGAUGA